AUGCCAGACAUGUAUGCCUUCCAAUCGGCCUCAAAGCCAGGCGCACAGUCAGAAGAAGGCUCUUCUGGUGCAACACUCACACCCAACAUUCUCCCCUGUCGAAUUCAUCAUGAUGGACCCAUCGACCCCGCCGGGCGAUUUUGGGCGCCGAAGACAGACGAGAAAGACGACAUUGAAACCGCACAUUACCGUGGCCGCAGACUGCGUGGUCGGCGCGUCGCAGUUCCAGAUGGAUACCAAGGCGUCAUCGCAACACCAACAGAGCGUAUUCUCCCUUCUUCGCAAACAGUCGACAAAAAUGAAGACGUAGUCGAAGUUCAACCCGAGGAAUCGGUCAAGAUCCUCGAGACACAGGGUACCUUUGAAGAUAUGAUGGUCUGGGGACAUGAGCAUCUGCCUGCGGCGGAUGAUGUCUAUGUUAAAGGUGUGGAGGAAUGGGUGCGGUUUGCCGAGACGAUGCAUGGUGUUCCUUCUACUGGUGAUGGGAAGGACGCUUCCAAGUAA